AUGCUUUUCAAUAGAGGUGCAACGAAAUUUUCAUCCGAAACAGGGUUUAGUGAUUGGGCUCACGCUAGAGAUAGAAUCGCGGAUCAUGAAAAUUCUUCUUCUCACAGAGAUUGCCUCAUUAAAUUCAGGGAUUGCAAAAAUGAAAUUGGACGCAUAGACCAUGAGCUCCGUGUCCAAAUUACUAAAGAACAAGAAUAUUGGAAAAAUGUUCUCAGAAGAGUAGUGUCAGUGAUUAAAAAGUUAGCCUCUCGAGGGCUUGCAUUCCGCGGCACUGAUGAGACAUUCGGCUCGGUAUCAAAUGGAAAUUUCAUGAUGUGUUUAGAACUGAUCAGUGAAUAUGAUCCAUUUCUAGCCGAUCAUAUAGCUCGGCACGGUUCAACCGGUAGAGGCAACGUUUCUUACCUCUCUUCGACUAUUUACGAGGAACUGAUUGAACUUAUGGGAAAAUCUGUCCUAGAACACGUGGUUAAAUUAGUGAAAAUUGCAAAAUAUUACGCGGUCAUUGUUGACUCCACUCGUGAUUUAAAUAAAAAAGAUCAGCUCACCCUACUUGUUCGCUACGUUAACACUACUGGCAUACCCGAAGAACGAUUUUUAACUUUCAUAGAAAAUUGCGGUCACACGGGAGAAGAAAUGGCAGAGAGUGUGCUUAAAUACUUAGCUUUUGUUGAUUUAUCGAUUGAAGAUUGUCGGGGUCAAUCUUACGACAACGCUGCUAACAUGAGUGGGAAAUUUAAAGGGUUACAAGCGCGCUUGAAAGCUGCCAACUCUGUAAUAACGUACGUUCCGUGUGCUCUCCAUUCUAUGAAUCUAAGCGGCUCUUCAGCAGCCGAAAGUUGUAAAAUGACGGUAGUUUAUUUUGAUUUUUUGCAAAGUGUAUACAAUUUUAUCUCUAGCUCCACUCACCGGUGGGCUAUUUUUUUAUCUUUUUGCGAAGAGGAGAAAGACAGUCGCACACUGAAAACUUUGAGCAGCACAAGAUUUAAUGCUCGCGAAAAAGCUUGUGAAGCUCUGAAUUCGAGUGCUAAAUCUCUGGCCAAAACUCUUCAAUGUUUGGCCGAUGAUGAAUCUUUAAAAGAGGUCGAUCGCAUCAAAGCAAGAGCUUUUUUGCGGCAGCUGAGAAGUUUCGAUAUCAUUUUUAUGUCCAUCGUUUGGAAGGCGAUUUUCCUUCGAUUUGGAAAAAUUUUACAUGAUAUUCAAAGUAAACAGAUGCAUGUAUCAAGAGCUCUCUCUCUGUACGACUCCCUAGUCGGUUUUUUGGAAGAAUUAAAGACAUCAUUUCCGACUUAUUUCGAAACGGCCAAAGAAAAACACCGCGAGCUUCGUUCUUUCAAAAAUGAUGACACCGGAGAUGAAAGCGGGGAGGCCGAUGAACGGCCAAAACGGCACAGGAGAAGAAAGAGAUUUUUUGACGACUCUGAAGAUGAGGAAGAGCAGGAAGUCCAGGCGGACGAAGAAAUCAACGGAGAACUAGCUAAUCAGAGCUUCAAUAUCAUUUUGCAGACUUUGAUUGAUGACGUAAGGGAAAGGGCUGCAGCCUAUAGGGAGUUUGCUCUUAAAUUUAGUUUUCUCACCGAACUUCCUUCCCUUGAGAGUGCACAGAUUUCAGAAGCAACAGCCCAGUUAAUACAGGCUUAUAAAGAAGACCUUGAAAGCUCUCUUUUCGAAGAGUGCCUUCAUUUGAAGAGUUACUUAAAUCAGUUAGCUGCCUCAACUACUUCAAAUUCUGAAGCUCUCGGCCUUACAGACCUGUCCUUGUCAAAACUUUAUCAAUUUUUGAUCGAAAAAAAUUUGCAGGACGUAUACCCAAAUGUUUCAAUUGCAUUACAUAUAUACCUCACUGUACCAGUGACUAAUUGCUCGGCGGAACGAUCUUUCUCCGCUAUGGGGCGAGUCCACAAUUAUCUACGGACAUCUCAGCAGCAGGAGAGACUCGUAAAUGUCGCAAUCAUGUCAAUGGAAUCCGACAUCACCAUGCAAUUGGAUUUCGAGGACAUAAUAGAGAAGUUCGCGCGUGCUAAGGCGAGGAAGAAAAAUUUCUAG